GCCGUGCAGAAGUCGCCCCAGGAGUGGCAGCGCGCCCUGAGCGCGCCCCAGUACUUCGUGCUGCGCAACGGCGGCACGGAGCCGCCGAACUCGAGCCCGCUCGUCAAGGAGAAGCGGUCGGGCGUCUUCGGGUGCGCGGCGUGCGACGCGGACCUCUUCGCGAGCGGCGCCAAGUUCGAGAGCGGCACGGGCUGGCCGAGCUUCGCGACGGGCCUGCCCAACGUCGAGGUCGAGGCCACGCCCAUCGAGUUCCUCUCCGGCGCGGAGCUCCGCUGCGCGCGGUGCGGCGGCCACCUCGGCGACCGCUUCCUCGACGGCGCGCUCUUCCCGGGCACGCCGGCCUUCGCGAGCGGCAAGCGCUACUGCAUCGACGGCAGCGCCCUCGUCUUCUACCCGGCCGACGGCGGCAAG